AGAAGUGCUUGAGCGGUUGCAGCCGAGGUAAGCCUAGCAAAGGUUAAGCAAGCAGUCGUUGGAAGCAGUCAGUUUAAUGAGUUACGUUACCAGUUUAUACAAUUAUUACUAGAGAGACGACGAAUCGGUGUGCUGUUGCAACUGGAAUACAAUUUGGAUCUUAAUUGCUAUCCGAUUCCACACGCCACUAAACCUAGGGCUUUUCCUUCUCACACUCACAACGAUCAGUUUCUAUUUGUGAGAUCUCUCUGUGGUGUGAUCGCACCGUAUUUCGAUUCCUUGUAGCAGUAGCAACUUGUUCAUACCCUCAAAAAUGGAAACUGAGGGGGGAAGAAGGAGUGAUUCUCAGGUUCUCUACGAGACUCGCCGUCACGCUUCUAGACCUUACACCCACAAUUACCCCCCUAUUCACCAAGAGCUAACUGAAAGCACUAAAGGAAGUUUCCUUAGACUGCUUUCAACGAAAGGUCUCAAUGAGUUUAGAGAAAAAUGGACUACAAACCGGCAUCCUCAGAAAUUAAGCAAAUGGACAUCAAUUUUCGUCUCUCCAAGUGGUGAACAUGUGGCUAUAGCAGUUGGAAAUGAGAUAACUAUCUUACAGAUAGACGAUAAUUACCAAGAGCCUUGUGGGAAAUUUACUAGCAACUCCCUUGUCACUUUCAUGUCUGGAGUCUGGUCAGAGGAACAUGACAUUUUGGGAGUUUUUGACGAUACCGAUACCCUUUAUUUUAUAAGGGCAAAUGGUGAUGAAAUUACCAGAAUUACAAAGCAGCAUUUAAAAAUGCCUUUGCCAAUUAUCAGCUUUGUUAUUCAUGAUAAUAAGGAUACGAAAAAGUCUUGUUUGUGUACAUUUAGCAUACUUGCCUCAGAUGGUUCAGUUCAUGAUAUUGAGAUUAGUCAGGACCCAAGUGCCUCUAUUUCCACUAUGAGUAGUUCAAAUUUGGGCUCAUUGUCACAUAAGCAGUUCCCUCAGAAUAUUAGAUGUUGUGGAUAUCAUCCAGAUAGCUCGUUGCUUGCUAUUGUUAGUAGUGCUGUUGGCAUCACAUCGACCUCCACCGUCAUCAUUGGACUUUACACCAUUUCUCUUUGGAAAUGGUGUCAACAAUCAGGCUUACAACAAGUAGCUUCUGCUGAGUUUGAAGGUCUCUACUCUAAAACAAAAGGUUAUACAGGUCAAAUAUCAUCCCCAAAGGUUCAGUUUUCACCACAAAAACAAUUUGUUGCUACAUUGGAUUUAAGAGGAUGCCUGAUAUUCUAUAAGCUAAAUAAAGAAGAUUCACUUUCAGAAGUUUAUUUCAAAGAAAAAAGUGAAUUAAACGAUAUAACAGAUUUCACAUGGUGGAUGGAUCAUAUUGUUGUCGUUGCUAACAGAAGUGGCAAAAUUAUUAUGUUCGACAUCAAUACUGGUGUUAAGGUUUUAGAAAAUGAUUAUCGGUACUCUUUGCCUGUUAUCGAGCGAGUGCCAACAUCACCCGGAUGCAUAUUUAUUCUUGAAAGUAAAUCAUCCGAAAAGAAUUUUGAAUCGUCAGAUUUCGUUCUUUACGAGGCAGUUACAGUUGAAAAAUAUAAGCAAUUUGACAGUGGUAAACUGCAAUGGAGCUUGAUGUCAUUUUCAAAAAGAUCUGUUCAGGAACUUUACGAUAUUUUAGUUACCAAUCAGCAGUUUGAGGAUGCGGUUAAAUUAGCUGAUCAUCACGGGUUGGAUAAAGACGAAGUGUUGAAAGCGCAGUGGCUGCAUUCGGUACAGGGAAUACGUGAAAUUAAUAUGUUCUUUUCACUCAUUAAAGAUCGAGAUUUUGUACUUUCGGAGUGUGUAAAUAGAGUUGGGCCAACAGAAGAUGCUGUUAGGGCUUUGCUUGCUUAUGGCCUCAGAUUAACAAACAUUUAUCUGUUUUCGGAGGUUGAAGAUGAAAAGGGUAGCCCAAAUUGGGAUUUCCGUUUGGCGAGACUUAAGAUGUUACAAUUUAAAGACAGGCUGGAGACAUUUCUUGGAAUAAACAUGGGCAGGUUUUCUGCACAGGAUUACAGCAAAUUUCGCUCAUUGCCCAUUAAAAAAGCUGCUACUGCACUUGCAGAAAGCGGGAAGAUCGGAGCUUUAAAUCUUCUUUUCAAACGUCAUCCUUAUUCAAUAUCUCCUUGCAUGCUCGACGUUUUAGCAGCUAUUCCCGAAACAGUCUCUGUUCAGACGUACGCACAGCUGCUUCCCGGACGCUUCCCUCAUCAAGUUACUUCUCUAAGAGAAGAAGACUGGGUCGAACACGAAAGAACGGUGAAUUACAUUAAUACCCUCCCUGAAAAUCACGAAAGCGCCAUUCAGAUCAGAACCGAACCGAUUGUGAAGCAGUUAACGGGAUACAAAUGGCCGUCAACUAACGAACUAUGUAUCUGGUACAAACAUAGAGCUAUAGAAAUGGACACCUUAAGUGGACAGCUGGACAACAGUUUAUCGUUGGUUGAUUUUGCUUGCCGAAAGGGUUUCGAAGAAUUGAAAGAGUUCCACACGCUUAUAUCUUAUUUGCACCAGCUUAUUUACUCUGAUGAUGAUGAUCAUGAUAUGAAUUUUAGCAUGAGUUUAGCCACAUGGGAACAGUUGUCUGAUUAUGAAAAGUUCAAGAUGAUGCUUAACGGGUUCAAUGAGGAAAAUGUUAUAAAAAGACUAAGAGAUAGAGCACUACCGUUUAUGCACAAGAAAUUUGUGGAUGAAGCGGUGGAUGAUACUGUCGAGUCGUUUUUAGUUAGAUGGAUGAAAGAAAUUGCUAUGGAGAAUAAAAUUGAGGUCUGUUUGGUAGUUAUAGAAGAGGGAUGCAAGGAGUUUUUGGGAAACGUGUUUUUCAGAAAUGAGUCUGAAGCAGUAGACUGUGCCGUUCAGUGUUUGUAUUUAUGUACUGCUACUGAUAAGUGGAGUACCAUGGCCUCGAUAUUGUUUAAACUUCCACAUUUGCAGGGUUAUGAAGUAGAGGGUCUCAAAAAGCAACUGAAACUUGCAGAAGGGCAUGUUGAGGCUGGAAGGCUUUUGACUUUGUACCAGGUUCCAAAGCCGAUUGCUUUCUUCCUGGAGGCACAAUCAGAUAGCAAGAGUGUGAAACAAAUUCUCCGUCUUGUACUGUCAAAGUUUAUUCGCCGCCAACCUGGCAGAACAGAUGCUGACUGGGCAAAUAUGUGGCGAGAUUUCCAGUCCCUGCAAGAAAAGGCGUUUCCAUUUGUCGAUUUAGAAUACAUGUUGAUUGAAUUCUGCAGGGGAUUAUUAAAAGCUGGGAGAUUCUCACUUGCUAGAAACUAUCUAAAAGGCUCUGGUUCUGUGGUGUUGCCGACAGAAAAGGCUGAAAAUAUCAUCAUUCUGGCAGCACGAGAGUAUUUUUUCUCGGCUUCUAGUCUUUCUUGCUCAGAAAUCUGGAAGGCAAAGGAAUGUCUGAACAUCCUUCCGAGCAGUAGAAAUGUGAUGAAAGAGUUAGAUAUGAUCGAUGCCCUUACGGUUAAACUUCCACGAUUAGGUGUAUGCAUUCUUCCAAUGCAAUUUCGGCAAAUCAAAGACCCAAUGGAAAUCAUCAGAUUAGCAAUCACCACACAAAGCGGGGCCUACAUUAACGUUGACGAGAUUAUCGAAAUAGCCAAACUUCUCGGACUCAACUCUCAAGAUGAAAUCUCAUCCGUCCAAGAAGCUAUCGCUAGAGAAGCAGCUGUUGCUGGAGAUCUUCAACUUGCUUUCGAUCUUUGUCUUAUUAUGGCAAGAAAGGGUCACGGGCCCGUUUGGGAUUUGUGUACCGCACUUGCACGGGGCCCAGCCCUUGAAAACAUGGAUAUUAGUUCUCGAAAACAACUUCUAGGGUUUGCUUUGAGCCAUUGUGAUAAGGAGUCAAUCGGUGAACUUUUACACGCAUGGAAAGAUCUCGAUAUGCAAAGCCAGUGUGAAAAAUUGGCAAUGUUGACCGGAAAGCAUGUUCCGGAAUUAUCCAUACGUGAUACGGUUGACCUUAUAGAUUCAUCAGGGCAGGUCAACAAAAACCUUUACGAAGAACAAAAACAGAUGCUUUCUGAUAUAGCUAACUUGCUAUCUGUAACAGACACUUCUGACUUUGACUCUUUUUUGAAAGAAAACAGUAAACUUUUGACUUUUGUGGCUUUACACCUUCCGUGGUUGCUUGAACUUAGUCACGAAUCGGAAAACGGUAACAAGUUACUUGGUACACAAGCAAUGGCGACGGUUUUGUCUUGGUUUGCAAGAAAUGAUUUUUCUCCUAAAGACAAUCUGAUUGCUUCUUUAGCAAAAACAAUUAUGGUGCCACCUGUCACAGAAGAGGAAGACGUUUUAGGGUGCUCGUUUUUAUUAAAUCUUAAUGAUGCCGUUUAUGGUGUGCAAACAAUUGAAGAACAGGUGAGAUCAAGAGAAGACUAUAAUGAAAUAUGUAGCAUGAUGAAUAUCGGGAUGAUUUAUAGUAUGUUGCACAACUCUAGUGGUGAGUGUGCGGGCCCAGCUCAGCGUAGAGAAUUGUUGCGUAGAAAGUUCCAAGAGAAAUACACUUCACUAAGUUCAGAUGAACGCAACAAAAUUGACCAAGCCCAGUCAUCAUUUUGGAGAGAAUGGAAGUUGAAAUUAGAGGAACAAAAACGUGUCGCUGAUCAUACAAGAGCAAUUGAGCAAAUUAUUCCUGGUACUGAGACAACACGCUUUUUAUCUGGGGAUAUCGACUAUAUGGAGAGUGUAAUAUUCGACUUCAUUGACUCGGUCAAAACAGAGAAAAAGAAAAUCUUAAAAGAUGUGUUGAAUUUAGCUUCAGACUAUGGCUUAGAUCAAACAAAGGUACUCCUGAAAUUCCUCUGUUCAACCCUUCUUUCCAAGAUCUGGACCGUUGAUGAUAUCAAAUCCGAAAUCACACAAUUUGAAAGCAAAAUACUCGAUUCUGCAAAAGAUGUUUUCAAAACAAUCUCCUUAUCAGUGUACCCCGAAGUUAGCGGGUGUGAUAAACAACGCCUUGCUUACAUAUACAACCUCCUCUCCAUUUGUUUUUCAAAAGUUGAAGACAAAAACGAACUUUUAACCAGCAUUGACCCGAACCCCUCACAUUUGACCAUUGAUGAGCUGGAUAGUUUUUACAAGAUCAUGGAGCAAGAAUGUCAUAAACUUUCACUCAUCGAGAAUCUAAACUUCAAAAGCAUCGCCGGUUUAUUCGGUCCAAAUUUGGCAUGUGUUACAGACGAAGUGUACUCUCACGUAAACGAAACAAGCGUCGAACCACUUGCGGAAAUGAUGAAAUCUGUAACUGGAAUAUAUAAAGGACGGAUCCCAGACGGUCUUGUACCAUGGCAAUACGUGUACGGAUAUUACGUAUCGAGUUCGUUAACAGCUUUAGAAAAUUACGCGAAAUCAGAUAUUCAUUUUCAAGAUCCGGAAACUCUUCGGCUAUUCAUUAACGAACUCGAGAGUACAUACAAUCGUUGCAAAAAGUAUAUCAAACUUAUUGCUUAUCCCGGUGCUUCUGUAGUCGGGAUUAUGAAGAAGUUUUUUAAAAUCACUCCAUCGAUGAAUGGUGAUUUCGGUAAUUUGGAUUCAAAGUGGAAGGAUGAUUUGGUUAUGCUCGUAAAUUUCUGGCUCGAAUUGAUUGACGAUUUACAGAAAUUCGUAUCGACUGAUGAUCUGGAUGGAGGAUUCUCCCCGCGGUGUGUGAUGAUCUGUCUUGAAGCGUUUGUUGACUUGGUCAAAGACGGAAAGAUUUCCGUUAGUGAAGGAUGGGCUUCUAUUUUCGCGUAUAUAGAUUCCGGUCUCGUGGGUGACGUUUACACCGAAAUUCUCAAUUUCUGUAGAUCGAUGGUUUUUUCUGGGUGUCGUUUUAACGCAAUAUCAUAUGUUUAUCAUGCGUCGAUUUCACGUUUUUCUCCAGACACAAAUUUGUCACCUGAGAUUCAAACGCGUUACGAACAUAUCACGGAUCUGCCCCGUCUUUAUAUAAGAAUCUUGGAACCUGUAUUGAAGGAUUUAGCCCAUGGGUCCCGUGAACACCGGUAUAUAUAUCGUGUUUUAACGAGUUUGAGUGAAUUAGACGGUGAUUUGGAGGAAUUAAAGAAUGUUAGAAGGGCAGUUUGGGAUCGAUUGGCCCGUUUUUCCGAUGACUUGGAAAUCCCGAGUCAUGUUCGUGUUCAUAUGCUGGAACUUAUGCAAUUUAUAACGUCAUUGACCACAAAUUUGACUUCCUUUUCUCCUGAGCUUCGGGUCAAUGUUGACCCGUGGGCCGGGUGGGAUAAUUUGGGAUCUUUAAAUUCAAACCGUGAAACCGUACAUGAUAAUGAAGAGGCACCUAAAAGUUUCACACAUACUUUGGUUGCGUUAAAAUCGUCACAACUACUAUCAACCAUCUCCCCAGACCUCGAGAUAUCUCCAAAUGACCUUUCUACCCUUGAUUCCGCAGUUUCUUGUUUUGUAAAGAUAUCUGACAACAUUGUUUCACGAUCCCAUAUCGAUGUUUUGAUAGCCUUGUUAGGAGAGUGGGAAGGGCUUUUUGGUAAUUUAGGCGUCAAAGAUGAGGUAAAAAACUCAGAACAAACGCCGCAAACGCUUCACGAUGCUGAGAAUGAUUGGGGCAAUGAUGAUUGGGAUGAAGGAUGGGAAAACUUUCAAGAAGAUGAACCGGGAGAAAAAGAAACAGCAAAUGACGAUAAUACCCUUUCGGUUCAUUCUUUACAUGAGUGUUGGGCAAUAAUUUUCAAGAAACUAGCAUCAUCAUCUGAAUUCAGUGACAUUAUGAAAAUUAUCGAUCGAUCCAGCUUAAAAGGAAACGGGGUUUUGUUGACCGAGGAGUCUACUCGACGUUUGACCCAAUCGUUACUCGAGGUAGAUUGUUUUACAGCUCUAAAAAUCGCGGGUUUACUUCCUUAUGAGAAAAUACAUAUAGAGUGUUUGGAUUUUGUGGAGGAAAAGUUAAAGCAAGGAAACAUACCGGGCCCGGUUUUAACCGAUCACGGAUUGUUUAUUACUUUAUUAUCAUCGGGCCUGAUAUCAACCAUCGUUACGAAACCUCCAUAUGGAACCACUUUUUCAUAUGUAAGUUAUAUAGUCGGGUGUUACUCGCGUAACAGUCAAGAAGCAUAUUUGUCAAGACCGGAAGAUAAAAGUGGGGACCACGAGAAGGACGCCUGGUCUGUUUUCAAAACGAUUCUAUUACCGUGUUAUAUAUGCGAGCUUGUAAAGGCGGAUCAAGUGAUGUUAGCAGGAUUAGUUGUUACAAAAUUGAUGCACACUAGCGUUUCUCUUGGUUUGAUCAAUGUAGCCGAAGCUAGUCUUAGGAAGUACUUAGAAAAUCAGCUCGAAGUUAUACGAGGCGGUGGUUAUAAGUUUGAGGAGAUGUCGUUUUGUGAACCGCUUGUGAAUACAGUUGUUAGGUUGAGUGGUGGGGUGGAGAAUUCGAUCAACUCGGUUCUAGUGCUAUUGUCGCCUAAUGAUGUUAAAAGGUAGUAUGAUUUGAGUUAGAUAUUAUCCUUUUGCUGUGUAGAAAAAGAUGAGAUUUGUUUGGACUUUGGGGGAUUCAUAUACAAUACAUGUUACUGUUCUAGUUAUUUUUUCUUUGCUAAUACAUGUUAUGGUGUGAAGAGAUGGCAUUUUUUGUAACAAA